UUGAUUUCCUUAUUUCUGUUUCUUUAAUAGCAACAAAUUAACGGCACUUCAUAAUAACUAAUAACUAAGCCACGUCAAGGCUGUAACAGUGAUAUUAUUAUAAAUCACCAGCUUGGAUAUUUCCAAUGAAAAAGAAGAAACAGGAGGAAAAGUCUAUUUGAAAUCAGUUGAUAAUCCUAUAGCCAUAGUCGUGGGUCCUUUCAUUUGUACAAAUCAGUGUAAUUAAAACUACAAGCCCCAGCAGGCCUUGCAGCCAACCACUCCCAGCUCAGCCCGUCCCUAUGAGCAGCAGUAGCAGCAGGAAUGUGACAGGCGGAGGAGAGAGAGAGGAGAGAGAGGAGAGAGAGAGCAGAAGCGCUGGAAGUGACAGUUGGGCAGAGGCGCGCGGGACGGGGUGACAGAGAGGAGGAGACGCAGGGCAGUUGUUGACACAGCAUGGCUUGCAGCAGAUCCGAUGCAUAGAAGAUGUCCAUGGCUUGUACGGAGCUUUUACAUAUUGCCGGAAAGACACAGAAGCUCGAUGAAUGCAACAAUGUGGACUGGGACUAUAAUGGCUGCAAAAAUGACAUCAGCGACCCACAGGCUUUUUGUUAUGAGAACCACCAUAUGUCUUUUGCAGCCUCUCCCAGCCAAUAUGAGUCUAUACCGUUGGACCCAUCAGAAGAAACCCAGGAUCUGCAGUACUUUCAAAAUGUCUAUGGCAAGGAUGGGAAGAAGGUGUGCUGCAUUGAAGAACUAGAGACUUCUUUUACAUAUAUUGAUGAAAAUGUCAAUAUAGAGCUUGUAGCCCAUCAUCCGUCCAAUAAGAAUGGCCACGGGCCUGUAUGUCAUAGUUUGGAUAGAGACAUCCAAUCAGAAGGGAUCCAGGAAACCUCUAUAAUGUCAGAUGAUGAAGGUGUAUCUGAAGCCUCUGGGAAGUCUGUAGAUUAUGGCUUCAUCAGCGCAGUGACUUUCCUAAUAACCGGUGUUUUACUUGUGGUCAUUUCCUACCUGGUCCCUCGGGACAGCCGAUCAGAUCCAAACAUCACGUCUGCCAGGCAGAUGGAACAAAUAGAGAAAAAGAACGCUAUCAUUGGUGCCCAUUUGGACAGAUGCGUGAUUGCGGGCCUGUGUUUGUUAACCCUUGGUGGCGUGGUGCUUUCUGUUUUAUUAAUGAUUUCGAUGUGGAAAGGGGAAUUGUACAGGAGAAAAGCACUGGCAGCCAAGGACUCGGCAAAACUCUAUGGUUCCAUUAAUUUCAACCAAUCCAAGUCAGGCGGGAAUGAAAAUGCAAUGGUUCAGGAAGAAACCGUUGACAUUGUUGCCUAGACUGUCUGCAUUUUGGUCAUUUUUUUUACUCCUAAGUAACGACGUACACCGAGAGUCAAAAAGUAGAAUAUUGUUUACAAAAAACUGCUACGAUCCAUGUUCUAUUUAGCCACCUGGUACUACUGACAGUCAUUGAACACCACCCUUUGUACAGUGAUUUACUACUAACCACCACAAUCCAGACUAACAGUAGAAUGUUUGGGUAUAAUGAAGGCUUAUGUUGGUUUAUAACGUUGUAUUCAGUUGUUUGGGUGUUGCGUGAAAUGGAAUAAAAUAUAAAGAGUGCAUGCUU